AUGAAAACAAAAGGUCUUCCUUUGUCGAAACGUCGAGGAGUUUUCCAAAGAACUCAAGAUAAUAUGAGCUCUAGAUACAUAGAAACUAGAAAGCCAUCAAAAUACUUACUCCCCCCAUCCUUGAUCGAACGGCUCGCCAUCGUUCGAUCAAGGAUAGGGAUUAAAAAAAAAUUAUUAUAUAUAAAAUUUUUGUUUUAUAUUUUUAAAUAAGAGGGUUAAGAGUAUUUAAUAAUUAUUUUUACAGCAAAAAAUUGAAUUAAUUUCAUAGAAUACCAACUUUUAAUAUUUUGAUUUUUUGAUUACGCCUUUACACUGUAUAAAUUUUAAUUUGUUCCUUAUUGAAUUAAAAUUUUUAAAUUUUAAAGAAUCUCUAUUUUUUAGAUGAUUGAGUUUUUAAGCCCAGGUUGAUGAUUAAAUCACUUCGAUGGUUGAUCUCGUAGCUUUUUGUCGUCUCAAAGCCUCUGACAACAACUUUAUUAGGCACAUCUUCCCAAGCUUUUAAUAACUAAUAUAUUUUUAUAUAUAUAAAAAAAUUGCAUGAUAUGAAAAUCGUUCAAUCAAGGAUAUUGGCUAAUUUCCCCAAUUUUUAGGAUUUUUUACAGUCAAUCGUUCGAUCAAGGAUGGGGGAGUUAACAAAUAUCCAAAAAGAUAUUAUAAAAUACUUUGAGGUAGCUCCAGAAACCACAGAUUUUAUGUUUGACUGUGAUUUCUUGGCUUACAACCACCGAUACGAUACCUCUUGUGACUCAAUACUGGAUGCUCCAGACAUUACCCACGAUUUUUCAUCAAAUAUUCUAUCAUAUGACUCAAAAAAUUAUUUAGCCAUGGGGUUAUGCAAUCAAAUAUACAUUUUGGACUCAGAAACGGGAAAUAUUACAACCCUAUUGGAAAAUCCAGAAAAUUGUAUAAAUUCUUUAUCAUGGCAAAAAAAUGCAAAUUCUUUGAUUUUUUCAAAUACGCCAGGAAAAAUAAGAAUUUAUGAUAUUGAAAGGCUUAAAAACACAAUGACAAUAAAUUUACCUUUGGCGAAGUGCUGCUCUAUUACUGCUGAAAAUAAUUUAAUCACAUGUGGGCUUGAGAAUGGAUCUUUAAUACACACUGAUAUAAGGUCUCCUAAAUGCAGAUUCCUCAAAAAAGGAGCCCACAGUGCAGCAAUUUCAGGGCAAGAUUGGUCAAUUUCGUCAAACCUUGCAACUAUAGGUUUAGAUCACAAAGUAAAUAUAUGGGAAAUAAGAGCCCAAGACCCUAUUGCCAGCUACAAUAUUGGAAGCCCAGGAAAAUCAAUUUCUUGGAAUCCUAUAAGGAAAGACAUUUUAGCUUGUGGGGGAAAUAAUCUUUCCAUUAUAAAUUAUUCUGAAGAAAGUAUAGAAAACACAAAAGACCUUUUAGAAGAAAAAUAGGCCCAUUCUUUUCUUCAAGGACAUUUUUUCUCUUAUAGCCGCUAUAUGGGUAAAAUCAGGUCAAGAUUAUUUUUCUAAUUUUGAUCGAAAAAUUAAUGUUUUUAGAAAAAUGCCUAAAAAAAAAAAAACCUUUGGAUAAGUGGCGCUGUCAGGAAAAAAUUGCAACCAAAAUGCAUACUACGAAAAAAUAGGAGGAAUUUGCUGGAAUUCUGAAGGAAAUUCUAUCGUUUGUGCACAAGGGAAACUUCUAUACAAUAGUCUUUAUUAGUUUAUCUUGUCAGUAAUAUAUUGGUGUAUUAAGCAAUACAAGGAAAAAAGCAUAAAGGUUUAUGACACAAAAUUGAGAAAAUGCUGCUCAUUUGAAGCCCAUGCAGAUGAAAUUUAUUUUUUAUCUAAAAACUCAAACCAAGAUAUCUAUUUAUAUAUAUCUCUAUCAAUAUAAAUGAUAAAUUUUGUGCAAAUAUAAGAUAUUCUAUUUUUUAUAGUAAAUAGAUAAAUCAGAUUAUUCGAGAAAUUUUUAUUCACUAUAAAUAUAUAUAAAAAUAUUAUCAUUUUUUAGAUUAAAGGCAUAAUUUUAUGCAAAAAAUAGGAAAACCCUUAAAAAAUUAUCACAAAAAAUCAUAAGAAAUUGUAUAUAGCAACUGCAGGUUUAGAUGAAACUUUGCGAUUUUGGAAUAUAUUAAAACAAUAA